CAAUUACAUCGUAAUUACAAAAAAAAAAAAAAAAAGUUGAUAAAAGUUCUAAUGCAAUAUCUUGUGAUAGUAUUUGCAAUAUGAGACACAACACAACACAAGGGUUAAAAAUAAGUGCCAAAGGCUCACUGACAGACGCGUAGUGGUUUCUCAUUCACUAAAUCAGUUACGGGAUACUUCAGAACACCGAGAGUAAAAAGAGCGAGUGAAAUAAAGUUUGUUUUAGGUCCGAUAUUCACCUACAGUGAAGACGGUGCUGACGAGACUGCCUAAAAUGUCACAUCCACCAUACACCAUCAGUAAUCUACAGCGUCACACACACUCUGGAUGUUAAAUCAUGAGUGAUGAGUCUCCUGUACAGACCCGCCUCACCACUGACGUGCCAUUGGCGUCUGGCGCGCAGGACAACUACGUGCUUCUGCUGGUGUUGUUGUGUGUGUUUGCUGGCGGGAUGCUGAUCGUUCUGUCCAUCCUGCUCAUCUUCUGUCACCGCUGCUGUCGAGGAGGACGCCGAUACUCCAGAGCGAGUGAUGAUCUGGAGAAAACCAACACCACAUACGUAGAGGAGAUUCAGACAACACAAGAUGUGACCAUCAGACUGGAGAGCGGCGAGUCGCUGUCCACGUCCAGUUGUCAUGGCGAUACAGACACAGAGCAUUUCCUGUCUGCCGCGUGCACAGGGCGACGGGUGUCGUUCAACGAGAGCGCCGUCUAUGAGCAGAGCGCCAAAGACCAAGAGAAAGGUCGUAGGUACACCCUCACAGAGGGCGACUUUCAUCACCUGAAGAAAGCUCGUCUGACUCACCUGCACAUACAGACUCCUGCACUGAACAUCCUCACCAUCAUGGAGUGUGACUCACCUGAGAACAGCGUCAGUGUCUCUGAACAGCCCUCACACACACCUGCCCUCGCUAUAUUUCAGCCCAGCGAGGGCCCCUCUCCAGAGCUGCCUGUCUCGUGGAACAGUCAAAGUCCCGUCUGCGCUCUGCCUGGAGAUUCGCUCAACUCCACCCUGAACGCCAGCGUUAUUAACGGCAACACCGAAUACGCCACAAAGCCACCACGAUCGCAAACCGUGGAGUUGAUAAGCAGCAGUGUGCAGAUGGAGAAGGAUUCUGGUUCCGGUCCGGUCUCGGGGGCGAUUCGCUCCGGUCCAGCUCUGACUCACGGCACCAUGUUUCAUUUCCUAUCUAAACUUCGGCGUCAUGCCAGUCUGGAGGGCGCUGCGCCGUUCUUUACCGUCAAGAAGUGGAAGUUUGACACCAUUCAGAGAGCAGCAAGCCUUGACAUAAAAGGAUCUCCACGGAGACGUGCGUUUCAGAGGCAGAGAGCGGCCAGCGAGACUCUCGAGCAAGACGAGGAAAAUUUCCAAGGUGGAGUCGGUGACUUCCUGCUGCGCAAACCCCCUAUUCAGCCACAGACGGAAACCCUCAGACGGCUCUCCGCGAGCUCUCUGGACACCAGCGCAGGGCUUCCAGCUCCCCUCAGCAGGUUAGAGGUCCAGGCCGCAAUGGAGCUCAAUUAUCAUGUAGAGGGCAUGACGACAGACGCGGCACUAAUGCUUCCCUCAUCACGCCAACCUCUGGAGAUGGACAUCGCUGCUGAAGAGGAUGGACAGGAAAUUAUGGCAGAAGCAUCAGGAGGAGAUACUGAAGAAUUUGGACUAGCUUGCCGUCAGGAGAGUUUGGAGCAGCCGAGCCUGUAUCGUGACAUCUGGAGCCUGAGAGCAUCCCUGGAGCAGUACGCCUCUUCUGACCUGAGCAGCAACGACAGAGACUCCACUCGCAGCGAUGCCGACAGCGUCUGCUCAGUAGGUGCCUCAAGAAUGGGUGUCCCCUGCAACCAAUCGCAAGACAUUGAUGAUGAGAUGGACGGGGAUGUCGAGUUGCCGUACAACGAUGAGGUGAGGGACGCAGGUCUGAGGAGAAAUGGAAGAGACAGCGUGGAAUCUGAACGAGGCAGCGAUGGAGAGAUGGGCAACCGGAAGCUGUUGCAGAUGGACAGCGGUUAUGCGUCGAUCGAAGCGCCGUGCAAGGCUCCGGAGGAAGUUCGACUCUUUGGAAGUGCUUCUAUGAAGACUGCUUCAGAACGGCGACGCUUUUUCACAAAUGCUGGGCGGAAAGGGACGGUUUGCGAGAGUUUUGAGGCGCGGCUAUUCAAGGAAGAACUAGAAGACGAGGUUCCAGAAAGCAGCGUAACUGUGGAGGCAGAGAAUCCUAUUAGUGUCACUCCAGAACUCGCCCCCGAAACCAAAUCCAGGCCGCGCUUCCAGCGUCGUGACUACAGCAUCGAUGAGAAGACUGAUGCGCUGUUCAACGAAUUCUUGCGCCAUGAUCCUCAGUUUGACCAGCAGGGGUCACCCUCAUUGCGACACCGCCAUCGCUCACGUAUCCAUCUUCGGAAGCAGUGGCAGCGCACCAAGCAGUACAGUGACCCCGGUGCUGCACGAUAUUCGCCAUCCCUAGAGCGACAGCGCUGCUACCCGCUACGCAGAGGCGACAGUGAAAACUACCCCUUGGACACGCGCUACCAUAGCACCCUGCCUCGCAUUGCUAGCGCCGCGGACGAAGAGGCCAGUGAGGGUGCAGCUGGUACUGAAUCUACUUUGUCAGACAAGCCAGAAGAGCUCGAGGGUGCUGGUCAAGCCUCAGAAACUGGAAGCUCUGGUCCAGACCUGGAGGAGAACAUCAACAACAGCAGCAACAACACAAGCUGUCAAUUCUCUUCAUCUCAUCUGCAGGACAACAGUGCCAGGGAUUGUGGGAUACCCAAGAACGUUAAGACAGAUUCACACAAACAUUUGCCGAUGGACCAUGGUGAGACCACUUUUAGCACUCAUUUGCAAUCAAAUACAAACACACUCAUGCAUGGAAACAUCCAUCAUACUGACACAGAUGAAGUGGACUACACACAUAACGCCGUUACUGACAUCAGUCCAUCAGACAAACUGGCGUCCACUCUGGACAAUUGGAUCUACUCCAGUCUGAGGACUCAAAGAGGAAGUCAAGAGUGUGCAGUGACUGUAAGCCGCACCUCACCUGAACAAGAAUAACAGCUUGUUCAGAAUGGUUUGGCCAUGUUUGAAAUGUUAGAGCCACUAGGUUUGUGUCUAAAUGGUAACCCUCAUCUUGUGAAAUUCAUAUGCAACAUUCAUACGUGUUUAUUUGGAUUCCUGAGGCAACCCUACCCCUAACACUGUCUCUUCCCGAGACACAAGCGCCGCGUUGUGUCAGAACAUCAGUUGAUGAAUGUCCCAUUUCUAUUUACUCCGACCACAUUGUUUUCCCUAUUCAUCUGAAAUAAAAUGGUUUUAUUUACAAAUCAUAUGUGCGGGGGGCCUGGGUAUCUCAGCGAGUAUUGACGCUGACUAUCACACCUGGAGUCGCGAGUUCGAAUCCAGGGCGUGCUGAGUGACUCCAGCCAGGUCUCCUAAGCAACCAAAUUGGCCCGGUUGCUAGGGAGGGUAGAGUUACAUGGGGUAACCUCCUCGUGGUCGCUAUAAUGUGAUUCUCGCUCUCGGUGGGGCGUGUGGUGAGUUGUGUGUGGAUCGUGGAGAGUAGUGUGAAGCCUCCAUGCGCUACAUCUCCAUGGUAACGCGCUCAACAAGUCACGUGAUAUGUAUUUGUUGCAAUACUAUAAUUGUGUAAAAAAAAAAAUUCACAAUAUUCUACAAUAAACCAUGCAAAGUAAAUUUUUAUACCAAUACAUUUCUGUUUCAACAAUUUUCUUUUCAUUUGCCUGUGGCUAAUCUCAAGCCUUAAGCUCACAUCUGAUUGGUCCGUUCUUUGUGAACAGUCUGACAUGACGUGCGGCUUGGACAUUUCCAGUGUAAACAGACUCAAGCCAUUGCAGUGUGUCGUGUCAUCGGUUGCAUUGUAGACAUGGUGUAACCGGUUUCACAGGAUGAUGUUUACCAUUUAGACAUCACACAUGACCUACCGUGAAAAUUUGAACAUUUCAUUUUUAAAAGGGGACUAUAUAAACUUCUUCAGGUGAUAUGAGGUCAUGCAUAAAAUUCACCGCUGUUUGGUGCUUUGGGGAAGAUCACGCUGAAGCUGAGACUAAAGAAAAGUCUGUCAGCACUGAAUAUUCUCUGAUAUCAGCAUGAUUUAUUUUGAGCUUUUGUGUUAUCUGCAACAAAUGAUGAUGGAAAUGGUGAUAUUUGAUUCAGUUUGAGCCGUUCGCUUUACUGUAGUUUAUUCAGACAGAAUAAAGGCUGUGAGCACUUACUGUGGGCUUGUAAAUGUUCUUCUAUAGCUUCAGAAAAAAACACUUGCCUCCUACCCAUCAUCACCAAUACAUAUAUAUCCCAAAAUGCAUUGCUCCUCAUCUCAUUCUCAUACUGAAGCAGUUCAUCUCUGACAAUUAAGAACCAGUUAACACCAAGAACCCUCUUUAUUAAAAUGUGUUUUCGGUAUGUUGUUGGUAACAUGAUGUGCUCUGAAUGUGUACAACCUCAAUAUCUGAAUCUGCUUAUCAUACAUUAUAAAUGUAUUAUGCCCCCACUUUGCAUAUUGCAUAUUUAUUUCUUUGAUUUAUCUUAUCUAAUUGUUCUUUAGAAAGUGUAAUCAUUUAUUGCAUUGUUUUGAGACAGGACACAAUGUGUCUCCAGAACGGUAAGUGUUCAUGAGUUGGUUUAGUUUUUAUAGAUUCUGUGAUUCCAAUCAUUAAUCAGAUAGCACAUUACUUCAGUUUUGCUGAUUUAAUCAGCAACUGGGUCAAUAACGUGAAUUUUUUUUUUUUUUUUUUGUCCAGACCAAUAAGUUAUUUAAAAAAAAUACAUCCAGUUAAAAAAAUGCAGUUCACACAAAACAGUGACUUGAAUACACCUCUAAUAUGAUGAAGCUGUUUUCAGUUCGGAGUCAUUUUGAUAAUUUUUCUGGGACGUAAAUCAAAAAUUAAAAAAGUGGUGUAACCAUCUAGAGAAAGAGAAAAAA